AUGAAUAUCUGGAUAGCAGCAAGUGAUGGGAGAAAUGAUCUCGUAGAGAAAUUCAUAUCCGAAAAUCCUAGCAUAACGGCAAACACUCCAGAUGUAAAUGGUUAUACUGCUAUGCAUGCCGCUGCUGCAUACGGUCACAUAGAUCUUCUUCGUCGCCUAACGAAGGAGUUUGGUGGUGAUGUUAAUAUCAAGGAUAGUGAUGGCGAUACUCCACUUCAUCAUACAGAAGAUUUAAGUACAGCAAAGGUCCUUAUUGAAGAAUUAGGUUGUGAAAUAAAUGUUUUAAAUAGUGAAGGUAAGACAGCGUUACAAGUUGCUGAAGAAGAUCAAGAAUUUCCAGAACUUAUCCAAUAUCUAAGAGAAAAAUCAGGUGUCCCUAUUGAACAAGAUAGUUUAGGAAUUGAUGCAAACAUGAUGGCCGAAUUUAAAGACAACAUACGUUACACAUUAGAGAAUGACAGAGAUGAGGAUCUAGAUUCAGAGUCAUUAGCACGCAAGAAGAGACUUGAACAAAUUAUUCAAGGUGGGAAUGCAGAAGAAGAAUUAGAAGUUUAUAUCAGGGAUUUAGUGAGAUCUAAAAUGAUGGGUUCCGACGAGGCUGAAGCUCCACAGGAUGGACCUGACUCUAAACGUAGAAAGUAA